AUGUCCGCUGCAAAGCCCCGGACGACAUAUUUCUCCAAUGGCCAGACUCUCGAAAGGCCGCCACUUUCUGUCCGUGUCAGUCGGUUCAUCAACGAUGCCUACGGCUUUCUGGGGCUGUAUGCCGUGAGUCUGUUCUCUCUCGAUCCGUACGCCGCCGCCGAGAGCUCUCAGUUCAACAUUCACCGACCGAAUAGCUCGUCCGGUUCCCGCCCGCUAAAUGGACGCACCAACUACUAUGGUGGCGGUGGAGGCGGAAGUGGAGGGGGAGGUGGCCCAGGAUCCGGUUCUGGUCGGCGGAUUGGCCGGGUGGACGAUGUUCGGGGGCCGGAAUGUGGCAGCUGCAGAUAA